UUUUAAUAUCCCUACGCCUGUUAUAUGUUUUUAGUAGUCUCGCAUUCCCCAGACUCUCGUUCGAGACUGCAUCAAACGAUUUGAGGCAGUCUCGAGCGAGGACAAGAGUCUGGGGAAUGAGGGACUAAAAGUGAAGCAGUGCGAAAUGCUUCUGCGCAUGUGCAAUGAAAAUAGAAUUACACCACGAGACCGACGACAUACUUCCAAUCAUCGUGAUAGAAAAUGGCUGAAGGUGAUCAUUCACUGACAAAGUACUCCAAGAAUGGCCCAACAGAGAAAGGCAUCCAAUAUGACGACAAGGAAUUUAAAUUUAGUGACGAUCCUUCACUUGAGAAGAUAAGAGAACUCAUGUCCAUAUUUGCUAAAGAAAGAAACUGGAAUCAGUAUCAUACUCCCAGAAACAUAUUACUUGCUCUGGUCGGGGAGGUGGGGGAACUGGCUGAAAUAUUUCAGUGGAAGGGAGAGGUUAAGGAAGGUUUACCAGAUUUCACAGACAAGGAGAAGACACACGUUGCCCAAGAGAUGAGUGACGUCAUGCUUUACCUGGUACGCUUAGCUGACAGGUGUCAUAUUGAUCUCCCGACAGCAGUAAUCAACAAAAUGGAACAAAACAGACAAAAAUACCCGGCUGAUAAAGUUUAUGGUAAAAGUGACAAAUAUACGGAAUACCAAUGACAAUAUCACAAUAAAGAUCACUGUUUAUAAU